AUAGAACAAAAGUCUUCGUCCCUAUAACAAACACACCUCCGUCAGUAGCGAUCUGCCGAUAAUUUUUUGAUUUUGUGAUCAAUCACCAAAUUUUCUAUCUAUCCCUUUAAUUGUAUGCGUUUUUCUUCGGAAUGGGGUUGUGGACACUUCUAGAAGGCUUCCUGCUUCUUGCAAAUGCCCUGGCGAUAUUAAAUGAAGACAGGUUUCUUGCCCCUAGAGGAUGGAGCUUCCAAGAGUAUUCUGGGAUAAAGAGAAACUCAUUCAAGGGACAGAUACUUGGCCUUAUCUACGCAACUCAGUACAUGAGAGUGCCUCUUAUACUUCUUAAUUUGCUCUGCAUCAUUGUGAAGGUGGUGUCAGGGUGAUGCUUGUGACCCUUUUUCAAGGGAUGGUUUUAGUUGAUAUAGUUCAGGGGGAUAGGGAUUUUUAUAUGGUUCUUUCAAGAAGUGACGUUUCUUUGAAGAUCAAGACUAUCUGUUUGAAACAGGAUGUUUAAUCUUACCUUGAGAAUCUGUUGUAGAAACUUACUAUUGUCUCACAUUCAUAGAACUUCAUCGAGCUGCUGUAAUUUUUUUGGCUAAUUGUCUAGUUUGAUAAUGUUUGAACCAUUAACAAACAUUUCCAGGAAAAGCACACUCUGAACUGACUCCUAGUUUUCAUCUUUUAGCAAUGGAUGUCUAUGAUCUGCUUCUUUGGUUA